CGACGAAUAUGUUGUACCACAAAUGCGUUAAUGUCCGAAAUGUGCAUUGGGGUACAACAGAUAUAAUGGAAAGUAUGGUAUUUAUUAGAAUUAUCGCUUUUCCUAGUGGGAAUUAUAAGUCGAGACUUCUUCCGCAAUGGACUUCACCAAACCUGAAUUUAUAA